CUCAAGCAAACACAACUCUUUCCAUGGGAUCAGUUAUAAGAAGAAUGGCCAGGCCAUGAGCAGCUUAGUUUCUUGGUCUUACCAGUGGAAGGCUUGCCAACAUUUCUGAAGAAAGCCCUGGCUGGCUCAUUCUUCUCUAUAUGGUUGACUGCUGUUUCCUCCGGACGAAAGGAGCAGAUUGGCUAGUGAAGAAUGCUGUCAGAAGGGUAUCUCAGUGGACUUGCCUACCAGAAGGACAUCCACUGGAGCUGUUCAUCUUAUAAUGAGCAGGUGGCUGAGGAGAAGGAAGAAGAGACAAAAUCUGUUACUCAUUCCUACUGCUCGGUGGAUGAAACCCAAGUCCGAAGUCUGUAUGUGAGCUGCAAAUCGUCGGACAAAUUUAUUUCUUCAGUGCAUUCAAGAGAGAGCCAACACAGUAGAAAUCCGAGAGCCACAAUGCUGCAGACGAACCCCAACCCUGUGUUUGAAAGUCCCAACGUGGCUGCGGUCGAAAUAUGUAGAGACUCCAGCCGAGAGACCUACUUGGUCCCACCUUCCUGCCAAAGUAUUUGCAAGAAUUACAAUGACUUACAUAUUGCAGGGGACCAGGUGCUGGCUAUUAAUUCAGUGACAACAGAAUUCCCCCCUCAGAGCAGUUUUGAAUACGGCCCUUUGCUGAAAUCAUCUGAGAUUCCUUUGCCCAUGGAGGAUUCCAUUUCCCCUCAAACCAGCUACUUUCCCCAAAAACCUAUCCAGCGGUAUUCAUCCUACUGGAGAAUAACCAGCAUCAAAGAGAAAAGCAGCCUGCAAAUGCAGAAGCCUAUGUCUAACGCAGUGCUGAAUGAAUACCUGGAGCAGAAGGUGGCCGAGUUAUACCAGCAGUACAUUAUGGACACUGAGUUUCACGACAGUUCUCCCACCCAGAUCCUGGCAUCUGAACUCAUCAUGACAAGUGUGGAUCAAAUUAGUCUCCAAGUGUCUAGAGAGAAGAAUCUGGAGACCUCCAAAGCCAAGGACAUAGUCAUUAACUGUCUAUUACAGCUGGUAUCAAGUGAAAUCAGCACACCUAGUCUCCAUAUUUCUCAGUAUAGCAACGGGAAUCCAUAGAGAGGAUGCCUCUCAACUACUCCAAGCUAGAGCAACACUUUCUUCAUUGAUUCCGAGAAUGUGCAGGAGUUGGGUGUGAAGCGCAGUCCAAAGCUAGAGAAGUAAAGGUUGGAUGGAGGUCAGGUGUGAAUUCAGAGGAAAUCUUAACCAUUACAUGUGAUGAAGGCAUGUGGAAAGAGGAGCCCUGAAAUUAGUCUUUAUGGUUGUUGUACAGCAACGAAGCAAAAAUAAAACCGACCCAAAAAGAAAAGGUAUGAUUUAAAGGAGUACAGAAGUUUAAAAAGAAGCCAAGCCAAACAAGAACAUACACCAUGGGAAAACAAAAAGCCAAAGGUUUCAGGGUCAAGAGUUAAUGUUUGUUAAGCAAAUAAAUUCCUCCAAGUUGUUUCUUCUUGAGAAGAAUGGACUACAGAAGGGUGCUAUGUUUGGGUAGAAAGACCGGUUUCCAACAGUUGUGAAAUUCUAUUUCUAUUUCUUUUCUCCAUUCUUUAUCAGAUCAUUUAAAAUCUAUAUAUUCUUUAUAAACAUUCGAAGAGUAGCAAAUUGCAAUUGUGGUUUUUUUUUUUUUUUUUUAAUGAUUACUUAGCUAUGGCCACUCUAACCUUCUAGUUCUGUUUACUAGUGAAGAUGAAGUUUUCUAAAUGGAAAGUAUCAUAUCGUGAAUUUUUCUUUUUAAGAUCUUAUUUUUAAGUCCUCUCUCCA